AUGGAGUUUAUUAAAGAGGAGAGUGAAGACAUGAAGAUUGAAGAAGCUUUCAGAGUCAAACAUGAAGAUACUGAGGAACAAACAAAGUUGAUGCAUAAAGAGGAGAGUCAAGAACAGAAUGAAAUGGAAGACAAAGAUCAGUAUGAGAAACAUCAUGAUUUAACUAGAGAAAACUUAAGUUGCUCACAGACUAAGAAGACUUCUUCACGAAAAAGAGCUAAAAAGACAGGAGCUAUAAGGUAUUUCACCUGCCAACAGUGUGGAAAGAGUUUAACAGGGAAAAGAAACCUUGAAGUUCAUAAUAGAAUUCACACUGGAGAAAAGCCUUACACCUGUCAACAAUGUGGAAUUAGUUUCACUCAAAAAGGAAUCCUUGAAAGGCACAUUAGAAUUCACACUGGAGAGAAGCCUUACACCUGCCAAGAGUGCGGAAAGAGUUUCACACACAAACAAGCUCUUAAUGCCCACAUAAGAAUUCACACCGGAGAGAAGCCGUUCAUAUGCCCUCAGUGUGGAAAGAGUUUCUAUCAACAAGGAGAACUCAAAGUCCACAUGAGGAUUCACACUGGAGAGAGCCAUUUCACCUGCAAACAAUGUGGAAAGAGUUUUACUAGAAAAGGAAACCUUGAAGUCCACAUGAAAAUUCACACAGGAGAGAAACUUUUUACCUGCCAACAGUGUGGAAAGAGUUUCACUCAAAAUGGAAACCUCAAAGCCCACAUGAGGAUUCACUUAAGAGAGAACACUAUAAGGUAUUUCACCUGCCAACAGUGUGGAAAGAGUUUAACAGGGAAAAGAAACCUUGAAGUUCAUAAUAGAAUUCACACUGGAGAAAAGCCUUACACCUGUCAACAAUGUGGAAUUAGUUUCACUCAAAAAGGAAUCCUUGAAAGGCACAUUAGAAUUCACACUGGAGAGAAGCCUUACACCUGCCAAGAGUGCGGAAAGAGUUUCACACACAAACAAGCUCUUAAUGCCCACAUAAGAAUUCACACCGGAGAGAAGCCGUUCAUAUGCCCUCAGUGUGGAAAGAGUUUCUAUCAACAAGGAGAACUCAAAGUCCACAUGAGGAUUCACACUGGAGAGAGCCAUUUCACCUGCAAACAAUGUGGAAAGAGUUUUACUAGAAAAGGAAACCUUGAAGUCCACAUGAAAAUUCACACAGGAGAGAAACUUUUUACCUGCCAACAGUGUGGAAAGAGUUUCACUCAAAAUGGAAACCUCAAAGCCCACAUGAGGAUUCACUUAAGAGAGAACAGUUUUAUAUGUCAUGAGUGUGGAAUGAGUUUCACCGACCGGAAACAGUAUAAGAAUCAUGUAGCAACUCACACUGGAGAGAAGCCUUUCAUGUGCCAUCACUGUGGAAAAACUUGCUCAGACAAAGAAAACCUUGAGAUUCACAUGAGAAUUCACACUGAAGAGAAGCCUUUCACCUGCUUCCCUGAGUUUCAGAUCUAA